UUUUUUCGUGUCAAAGGUCAGCCCACACAAUCUUUCUAACACUUCCUGGUUAAGGUAUACAGCCAUGGCGUGUGGUGGCUGUCAGACGUUGAACUGGUCUGACAGGACUUACAGAAUCAGAGACAUUAUAAGGGACUCCGAUUUCACUCUACCCUUAUUGGUGAAGGUGGAAGAGGGAAUAUACGGCUGUCACGAAUCGGACACAUUUUCACAAGACGACCUAUUAAAACUUGAUUUAGUGAAAUCUAUACCGAAAGUAGUAACGUGUUGUGUGGACCACCUUGGACGUGAUAGGUAUUCGGGUGUGCUUCGUGAGGACGAACAUGGCUACGUUGAAAAGACAGAGGACCUUACCAUCCCCUUACGUUACAGGGGCGUGGUCAACAUAUUCCACCCAGAGUCCGGUAGAAAGGUCUACCACAGUGUCAGAGAACUGGUUAGAGACUUCCCGAGAUACGUGAAGACAGUAGACCCAUUUGUAUCAAAGAACAACGUCCGUGUAGAUCGGAAAUCUGUCAUUGAACUUGAUCGAAUCAUUCCUGGUGAAGGAUUAGUUUGUAACAUUGUGACAGAUGAAUCUUCAGUUGAUGAGUACAGUAACACGACACAGAUUUUACUGGACAUAAGUGUCCAACAAAAAUUCUUUUUGAUGCCAGACAACAACGAUUAUACACUACAACAGGUUAUCAGCAGGUUUCCAUUGCCCCAAUACGUCACAUUCGUGAAGGAGAGCGGACCAAAACUAGUGACAACUAACAUACAAGAGGCAGUUGAACAAACAAACGUAUUCGAGGGUACCGUGAAAAUAAAGAGCACGGUAGAGCUGAAGAUAAUCAUUGGUCACUACAAACCUCCAGAGGGGGCUAAAACAGUUACACAGAGCCGAUGCCAGCGAACCCUCGUGAUAAUUCCAAUUGACAGUUAUACAGCCAGAGAGAUCGAAGUGAGAGUACCUCUUGACCCAGGCGUUGACGAUGACUACGAAAUGGUGCUUGCCAAAAACUUCACACAAAAAGACAUUGAAGAGGAGAAUAUCGACGGAACAAUAUAUGUGGAUUUUCUAAGGACACCAAAAACUACCUUUGUUGAGUAUGAAGAGAUCGACAUUCCCCCUCCAAGACCGCCAAGAAAUCCAGGUAAUACAAUGAAAUAUGUUAGAGAAAGUACCACCUUACUAGACGACCUAGAUUUACAAAAUGUAUCACCCUCAUAGACCCUCCCGCAUGUU